AUGGAUCUCAUCAACUCUUCUGAUUACCAGGUCAAUGUCUCUAUAUUAGUAAGAAACAGCAUUCACUUACCAGCUCCUGCCCCAAAAAUGAUCAUUGUCAUUCUUUUGUUCACAUCAUCAAUAAUUGGUAUUAUUACCAAUGGUCUCUAUCUAUGGAUACUAAAAUUCAAGAUGAAAAAGACGGUCAAUACUCUUUUCUUUCUUCAUUUUGUUCUCUCACAUUUUAUUGCAACAUUGAUUGUGCCACUUAUAACCAUCCCCUUCCUUCAGAACAAUCACUGGAGCUUUGGAACGGCCAUGUGCAAGAUCUUCAACAGCAUUUUGCAUACAGGAUUAUCUGCCUCUGUUUUCUUCCUCUCAGCCAUCAGUGUUGACCGUUAUAUUCUCACUUUUCACCCAGUGUGGUCACAGCUGCACCGAACCCCACGCUGGGCUUCCAGCAUCAUCCUGGGAGUCUGGAUCUCUGCGGCUGCCCUCAGCAUGCCCCAUUUGGUUUUCAAGGAGACAUAUGAUGACCACAAAGGAAGGGUGACCUGCCAAGAUAACUAUGCCUUAUCUACUGACUGGGAAAGCAAAAAGAUGCAAACAUUAAGGAAAUGGAUUCAUGUAGCCUGUUUCACCAGCAAGUUCUUGCUAAGCUUCCUUCUGCCUUUCUUCAUCAUCACCUUUUGUUAUGUAAAAGUAGCCAACCAGAUGAAAAAGAGGAGCCUAUUUAAAUCCAACAAGCCCUUCAAAGUCAUGAAGACUGCCAUUAUCUCUUUCUUUGUGUGUUGGGUGCCCUACCAUGUAUACCGGGGCUUACUUCUCUCUGACAACAAAUCUUUACUUUUACAGUUGACUAUGCUAGUUGCAGUGAUUACCACUUCUUUUAAUAUUGUCUUUUCUCCUACACUCUACCUAUUUGUUGGGGAAAAUUUCAAAAAAGUUAUCAAAAACUCAAUUCUUGCUCUGUUUGAGUCAACAUUCAGUGAGGAUUUUCCUCCAGAAAGGACACAAAACCUAAAUUUACAAGCCUACAUUUAA